AAUCCAACAGCAUCUGAAUGCAACCGCAUACAAUGAAUUCUGCAAUUUAUCUAAACUUUUUGUUUUGACUUCAGAAGCCUGCGACGGAACCGGAAAUGGCGUGGAAAGUGAUGUUAUUGUUUAGUAGUUGUUAGGCGCAAUAGUCAGGUUUUUCUCCUGUGUUUCAUUUUUUGUUUAAUCAAGUCGGGAAAUAAACAGAAAACCCAAACUAUGAUAGUCGUUACUGCUUUUUACGUUUUGUUCUGAACCAAUCUCCUGCAAUGAAUCAAGCGAAAGGCCUCUAUCUUGCUACAUCUCUUUGGCUAAAAUGCGGAAGCAAGUCACCUGAUUUAUCACGAAAAGCAAAACAGUUUAAUGAUUAGAGAGAGCGAACCUGAAAAACAUCAGACAGAUGGUUCUCGGUGUUUGAGACGACGGCUUUUGUGGCGAUCGUUAGAGAUUGAUUGAAGGGUAGUCUGACAAGCUUGUGUGGUACUUCUUUAUCCUGAUCAACAUAAUGCCCUUGAGUGUAGUGUCCUGGAGAAUCGGGUUAUUCUCGAAUAACUCUAACGACAACUUCACCUCAUUGUGCCCAAAUGGUUCUGUGUGGAUAUGGGAAGGUUUGAAGGAGUGCGCAGUGGAUGGCAGGGAUAUGGCCAGCGUUUACCUGGGACUGCUGUCCAUAGUCUGUUUCAUGUUUUCCUCAAUUCCGCAAUACUACAGGUCUUGGAAAAGUAAAAAUAUGGAUGAGGCUCUGUCGAUCUGGUUCUUACUAGGAUGGUUGGGAGGAGAUUCCUGUAAUCUGAUUGGUUCAUUCCUUGCAGAUCAACUUCCCCUUCAGAUAUAUACUGCAGUGUACUAUGUUGUAGCAGACCUUUUAAUGCUGGCACUUUAUCUUUACUUCUCUAAAAUGCGGAGUAAAGCAACACAGAGUGGCAAUUCAAUAAAUUCAGUUGCUGUGAUUUUGCUUAUUGGGGGAUCAGCCUCAUUCUUCCUUUUCCAAGGAAAUGACUUUUAUCCUGAUGUGCCCUCAACAUUCAGAGGGCGUACUUUACUGACAGUUUCUGCAGACCACAGUAAGGAAUUCACUAGAAAACAGAUCAUCGGCUUCACGAUUGGCUCGUUUUCCUCCUUGCUGUAUCUUUGUUCCCGCAUACCUCAGAUCUACACUAAUUUUAAGAGAAAGUCAACUAAAGGUUUGUCCUUCUUCUUAAUUGCACUGGUAAUCCUGGGGAAUGCAACCUAUGGAGUAAGUGUUCUUUUGAAAAACCCAGACCAUGGGCAGACAGAAAGAGACUACAUUGUCCACCAUAUUCCAUGGCUGAUUGGCAGUCUUGGGACCCUCAGCCUAGACUUUAUAAUAUCAAUACAAUUCUUGGUGUACCUCAACCAAACUACAGACGAUGAGCAGACAACCAGCCUUCUAGACCACAGUUCUAGUACUUGAACAGUCAAGUAGCAAUGUUUAGUUUUCACUUAUCUGAUUUGGGUGCUGUAAUGCCAUCACAUGUAAAUUGUUAUUGGCUCAUGAGAUCAUGCCAUCGAUCCCAUAUGUUUGUGCUUUGUUUGGUGUGUGUGUUGUUGUUGUUUGUUUUUUUUGUUUUUUUUUAAGGGACCAGUUCUUAAAACGUUUUAUUCUGAUGGAGAAAAAAAGGGACACUUGUUGAAAUGUCAUUGCAAAAAUUGGAACAUUUUAAAUGCCUGAAAUCAGGCAAAAAAAAAUCACUUUAGUAGUAGUGUACCAAUUUUAAAAAUUAGAAUUUAUGUUUUGCUCACUGACAAAACUAAAAAUGAUAAGCCAACAAGAGAGUAACAGGAAUUAAGCUAGGCUUUUGUCCCCUGAUGGGCCUUAAAGGCAGAGCAGGAACUUAGUGAUACACACAUUUUGUCCAAACAGGAAUUGCUAAAUAUCAGUGCCAGUGUGUUAAGUGGCAUCCUUGCACUUUAAAUAGGUCAAAUAUAAAUGACCCCAGGCCUGUUAAGAGUUGUGUACUUGUUGCAGCAGGAUCUGUCUGACAGGUCUGUGCUCAUGUAAAGUGUACAGAACUUAACAUUUCAUUGUUAGUGAAGCAGACCAUAAUCAUGGCCAGGUGCAGAUCCGAUUGUAGUGGAGUUUCCACUUCUGGUAUUACACAUUUUAAAAGAAUCUUUUUGGUUAUGUCAGUAAGACUUUUUAAAAAAAUGUAUAGUUAUGUUUUAUUUGCAACAUUUAAACCAGCAAAACUGUAUUUUAAGUGUUUUAUGACCAAUUUCUCAUUCUCAUGUGAUAUGAGAUAAAACAAUAAAAAGAGAAUUGUGUAGAA